CCACGUCGCCUCCAAGGAAUUGCAUGCUGCCACGUGGAGCAUACAUGUCUUCAAGACGUGAGCUGCCAUCAUCAGCUACUGCUGUAAGAACGUAUAGCCUCGAUAUAGAGUCAUGCCGCCCGAAGCUCGGUGGUACUACCCUCGCACCUUGAAGCUCUGAUUUUCGCUGCCAUCACUCCUAUUGGCAGAGUGUGUGCAGUUUGUAUUUGGGCGUGGAAUGGACGAAGACUUCUUGCCACCGGCGCGCGCCGACACGUCGCCAUGGGCGCUUCGCGCCGCUGGCGGCCUUGUCUUUGGCCUCGUCAUUGGCCCACUGAUUGCACUUCUGUGCCUGCCCAUCCUGCUCUUUCUCGGUCUCUUCAAGCGCGAGGUGCUACGGCCUGUCGUUCGCGCGGCUUCGUACGACGCGUUCGAGAAAACGCCGUACUACAAGGACCCGGCCCGCCUCGGCCGCGUGUUUGCGACGCCUGUCGGGCAGCUCUACCGUCGCGGGGGGCUCGAGUACCAAGCGCGCGAAGGCUACUGCUCGGUUGCGACGCAGCGCAACCUGCUGAAAUCGCUGCCACUCGUGUUGCCCUCGCAGCUACCACCCGCGCGAGGCGGCGCCGCAACGGCAGCUCAGUUUGCCGACGCGCUGCUCCGCCAUAGCCACGGCCUUGUGACCUCGACACAGGUCGUCUAUGGCAGCGACGGCGUUGACGCGUUCUGUGCGGCGCUGCGCCUCGCCAAUGACGAGAACCACCGCGUCGCCGUCAAUUUUUUACACGCCACGUUGUCAGGUACGGGGCCGCUCUGGCUGCCGUGGAACCUUCCGUUGGGAGUCGUGAGCGGCCACUUCUCCAACGUCGUUGGCUUCCUCGACGACGAGAACCUCGUCGCGAUCUUCGACGUCAACGAUGGCUACGGCGCAUACCUCGUGGACGCGACACGGCUCUUUGAAGCGGUUUGCGCCGUCGACAUUUCCAGCAACCGAUCCCGCGCUCUCAUUGUCGCAUCGAUUGCAUCCCAAAGAGUAUAAUGAUUUAGUUCCUGUUUGUUAUUUGUUACUACUUCCGCCACCUCAAAUUACGUAAAGGCUCAAAGGGUCGAUAAGUAGUGGGAGAAGGA